CGUCUGGUAAAUUAAAUACGAAAAUCAUUUAGAAGAAUUAGAAAUUAUUCCAGAAGAUUACAGUAGAUUUGUUGCCCCUAUUGUUAACGGUCGUCCAGUAUCGGUAUAUGUUUCUCUUCAAAUUUUAGGUAUCGAUAAUAUAAAAGAAGCUUCAAUGGAUUUUCGACUCAUAGUGGGCAUUAUCAGCAUUUGGAAAGAUCCUCGAUUAAAAUUAUCUCAUUUUGUUUCCGAUUAUCCAGUAAUUUUCCCUAACGAGGGAUUAUCGAAAAUAUGGAUACCAGAAUUUACAUUUCCAAAUUGCAAAUACGCAGAAACGUUUGACAUCGGUACAGGGCAUUCAGUUUUAAAAGUUCUACCUGACGAAUCUUUAUAUCUUUCGGAAAGAUUAAACUUCAUAGUCAGUUGUCCGAUGGAGUUACACGAUUUUCCUAUGGAUAUUCAACGCUGUUCUUUUAUUAUUACAUUCAGAGCAAAUACCGACAGAGAAGCUGUACUUAAAUGGAUGGGAGAAAACAAUAGUCCUUACAGAACUUUAGAAAAAAGUAUUCACGUGAGAAAUUUAAAUCUACUAAACUUUGAGGUGAAUGAAAUUAAAGCCUUACGAAUUACUGAAAAAUGGGUCAGCGGUAAUUUUACAGAAUUAAUAGCUAGUUUUAAAUUCACUCGUCGACUCACCGGCAAUAUUAUGAAUGUUUAUAUUCCCAGUACAUUAGUUGUCAUGUUAUCUUGGUUAUCAUUUUGGAUCGACGUAAAUGCUGCUCCGGCUCGCAUCACCUUAGGAGUAACCUCUAUUUUGACUUUAGUAACACAAAUUGUCCAGUCCAGAAAUUUCGUCCCUCCCGUCGAUUAUCUUAAAGCUCUGGAUAUCUGGUUUAUUGUUUGUGUAAUUCAAGUAUUUGCAUCUUUAGUAGAAUACGCUCUAGCUUAUCAAUACGUUCGUAGGAAAACACAAGAUAAAAAGACUAAGGUUUCUGCAUGGGUUGAUACAAAAAGCAGACACGUGGCAUUAAGCAUUCUGAAAGUUUGGAUUUCGGCUUUUAAAGACAAAACUCAAUUUCUCUUCGACUCUAAAGAUGUUAAUAUUUAUGACAGGAUAUCCAGA